CAAUUCCUUAUAAACGGACAUAGCUGGAAGAAACGAAACCGCACUAUUCUGGAAAUGACCGUUGUGAAAUUAUUUAUUCAAAUAUUCGUCAUCCUCCUCACAAAAUUCAAAAAGCGCAAAUGACCGUUACCGAAUCUUUUUCACUAUAUCAAUCCUCCUCGCCAAAUAUUCAUCCUGCACAAAAUUCUCUCUCUCUCUCGUAAAAGCGACCAAUAAUUUCGAAUUCGUGUGGAACAAUUCUGCAGGAAACAAAAAAAUGGCAUUGAGGCCUAUUGAUAAUGCGAUGCCAAUCCUUUGCGAUAAGCCCAAAAAGCAAGCAAAGGCGAUAAUUCCAUCUCACAAAGAAAAGCAAUUGCCUGUUGUUGGUGUGAAUGAUGAAAACAAAAUCCCUUUGCCCCAGCAAUCGUCCGUGGAUGCCUCCAUUGAUUAUAUUUCCUCUCAAGAUCUUAAAGCCUUUCAAGACCCAGAUUCCCAAAUCCAGGGUCUUGUUGGAGGGCUGGAGUCCAAGGAUUGGCUGAAAGUUUGUGAAUCACUGAAUGAUGUUAGGCGGUUUUCCCUCCACCAUCCCAAUCUCUUGCUGCCAAUCUUGGACAAAGUGGUCUUAGUGAUGGUGAAAACAAUCAAGAACCCAAGAAGUGCAUUGUGCAAGACCUCUAUCAUGGCUUCUUCUGAUUUGUUCAAAGCCUUUGGUGUGAAGUUACUUGAAUCAUCAGCCCGCGAUGCUAUUGACCAUUUGUUUUUGCAGCUGCUACUAAAAGCUUCCCAAGAUAAGAAAUUUGUUUGUGAGGAGGCAGACAGAGCAUUGUUGGCAAUGGUGGAGGCCAUGCCCCCACUCCCUUUACUCCACAUGCUCAGUGCCUUUAUUAAACACUCAAACCUCAGAGUCAGAGCAAAAGCUGCAAUAUCUAUCUCUAAUUGUGUCUCCAAGAUGGAUCUGAAAGGUAUGGAGGAAUUUGGUUUGGUUGCAUUGAUCCAAAGUGCGUCAAAUUUGUUGAACGACAAACUCCCGGAGGCAAGAGAAGCUGCUAGAAGCAUUGUAGUCUCAUUGCAUGGAGCUCUUACUGAAAAUGAGGAAAGCAAGCAGGACUCUUGGCAAAGCUUUUGUCAAUCUAAUUUACCAGCUAUUCAUGCACAAUCUAUGGUUAAACUUGUUUCUUCUUAAAUACAAGUUGUGACGCAGUCUUAGGACUACUGGCUUUCUUUCUUUCUCUCUUUCCUUUUUUUUUUUUUUUUU